AUGACCGUCGACUGCACCGGACGCACCAUCCUCCCCGAGCAAAUCCUCUGGUGCGCCAACAACGACGGAGCAGCAAAACAGUGGCUGGUCAACGAGGCGCUGCCUUGGUGGUUCUUUGCUUCUUUCCUCAACUACUGCGCUUCCGCUGUCAAUGGUCACGCUCGUAGCCCCAGAGUCAGACGCUGCUACACACCCGCACAGCGCCAGUUGAUGGCCCGCUUGCGAAAAUAUCCCUCGGAUGAAGAUGAGUUGAUUCAAGAGUUCAAAUGGUAUAUCACUGGUCCAGCACACAAUGUAUCGUUUAGGGGAGGGCCUGUUGACUUUGAGACACUGAAAGGCCAUGACAACCCUGAACUUCUCCUUUCCCGCGCUCAGGAGGAACUCUACAAUAUGGUCUUUUCUGCUGGGCAGCGUACCAACCAUCAACUCAUCAUGGCGCUUGACAUGCCCACCGUUCCAAACGAUGAGAUGGAAGAGGACGAGACGGCCCCUGCCCCUGUCGCCUUCCACACUUUCGUCCUCCCUCUGUGUCUGAGUGCUCCUCACUCCCUCAAUGGUGCCACCGGCCUUGUUGAGCAGCAACAUGGCUCCGAUACUCUUCUCGUUCAGGAUCACGACGAUGAUGUUCUCAUGAGACUUGAUUGA